UACGUUUGUUAGACGAAGAUGCAAUUAUAUAUCAACUUCCUUAUUUCAAAUUGUCACAUUCGUUCACCAUGGGGGAUUACCGACAUGUUGGAUUUAUUUAUGUGUUUAUGCAUUUUAGCAGAUAUUUCUUUUCACUGAGUUUAGCCUGUGGAGUCGACGAUAAUGGUUUGUACCGGUUUGGACCCGAUUGUGAACACUUUUGUCACUGCGCCGGAAACAAACAGUGUGCUAACGUCACUGGAGCUUGUAAAGAGUGCGAAAGACACUGGUUCGGACCUGGGUGCCAGUAUUAUGAUAUUGCGCUGGAUUUUAACGAUGAGAUAAACAAACUGUAUGGUUCAAGACAUUUAGACAACCUUCCACAUCCUGGACAACAAUACUCGCAACAAGCACAUUAUGGAAACAUCUUAACAUGUAGCUCAACAGACAGCGCUUCUCAUAGAAUCAAUAGGCGCAAUGAACCGUUCUGGAGCAUUUACUUCAUCAACAACACAAGAUUUUAUGAUUUCCAACUGGUGUUGUCAAACGAUGAAACCCUUAGAAAAUACUUUAACGGCUUCAAGAUCUACAUAGAAAACCUGACUUCAUGGGGUUACACUGAGGAUGAAAGAAACAACAAACCGCCGACCGAAAGACCCUCUAUUUGUUACCAGCACAAUCGUAUCGCGAUCCCGCACAAAACCAUGGUUGUGCAGUGUGGCACGCCUAUGAUUGGUAACUCUGUCAGGAUUGAGAUGGCUAACAUUGCGUCACAGCUGGUUCUCUGUGAUAUUAAGAUAAGUGCAGGAAUAAAUAUGGCAUUUGGCAAACGUUUAACUCUGAGUCCGAACGAUGCAUCGUCGAAAUAUUCGCCAACCGGAGCAGUUGAUGGCAACACAAUUAACACAAAUAUACAUAAGUGCUCUGGAAUGUAUGCAAAUGAUAGAAACAAUAAAUGGAUGGAUGUAGACCUACAACAGCGACUUGACAUAAACUUAGUUCUGCUAACUCUAUAUAAAGAAGCUGGUUUCCUUGCUACUGACUUUACUAUUGCCGUAUCUAACGGAGGGACUUUCAAAACGAUUUAUGAUAAUGCUACGGACUCACGACCUAUGCCAGGGAUCUUCCUGUCAUCAAAAGGGCAACAUUUAAGGAUACAACAAAUGAACGGUUCCUCUCACUUUACUGUGUGUGAAAUCCAAGUGUUUGCACAUUGUCCGGAGAACUACUGCGGAUACAACUGUUCUGUUCCCUGUCAUUGUCUUGUCCCAGGUUCUAUGCAAGACAGACUUACAGGUGUUUGUACUUCAGGCUGUGUUAACAGGUGGACGGGCAAGGACGGCAUGUGCAACAAAAAUUGUAGCAUCAGCAUGUGGGGGGAGGAAUGCGAACACCCAUGUGGUCAGUGUUCCAACGGAGCUCCGUGCAACGUAAGCAAUGGACACUGCAAGACAUGUGCAGCGGGCUAUAAACAUACUCAAAAUUGUACAGAUGAAUGCGAAGAUGGAAGGUAUGGACCCAAUUGUAAUAGUAUUUGCAGUCUUAAUUGCGUCCAUACGUGUAGCAAACUAGACGGCACUUGUAAAUAUUGUAAAGCAGGGUACACAGGCAAAAUGUGCGACAAAGAAUGCGAAAAUGGAACGUAUGGCACUAAUUGCUCAAAACCGUGUGGACACUGCGUUGCAGGGUGUGACAAGAAAGAAGGUUCUUGCUUGGGUGGCUGUUUACCCGGUUUUACAGGCGAUACCUGUCAAGCCAUUGGAUGACAAGCGGAGCAUAAUGCAAAUGGAUUCGUAAUCGGCGGGAGCGUUGGGAUUGUUCUUCUUAUCGCUGUCGGCUUUGUCAUCUCUGUGAUAUAUAUAAGGCGAAGGAAGGUCAAACCAAUCAGAC